AUUGAACAAAGUGGAUAUAUAUAGAUUCUAUCCUUGCAAAAUAUUACAUCAAGUAUACACACAACUUAGAAAAAAAUGUCAAACAUUAAUUAUAUAAGUGUUUUUCAUGAAGCUGAGUCGUGCCGGAAAUAAAAAGCGCUAAUUGGCUUGGAUAAUUAAGUGAAUUCAGCGCUACGCGAAAAAAAAUCUGAUUUAAUGAAGUGAGUUGCGAUGCAAGUGCUGCAAGUGCAACGCUGCUGCUAACUAGGAGCAAGAUUUGGCAAAUCUGAAGCUUAUCAGAGAGAACUGAACAUAAUCCAAGGGAGUAAUAGAAAGUAUCCGCUGUAUAUGUGAAUGCAGUUUGUGAGGGAGCAAGCAGGUAUAAUGCUGGAAGUGGAUAAAGUGUUGGAGAAAUGCGGCGACUUCAGUCGGCUGCAGUUUCUCAUGAUGCUACUAUUCAGUUUGAUAAAUGUGCUCGCAUCUAUGCAUUACUAUUCCCAAACGAUUAUUAGUUUCGUGCCAAGGUAUUGGUGCGCCGAUAACUGGGACCCUGAAUCCGGCAUUCCAGACACAUCCAGCUGCUUGCCACUGGGCAGCAAUGAAACCGAUUCACAGACUUGCAAUAGCUACAACUAUAAGCUCUACAUGGGCUACCAUAGCUUCACCAGCGAAAUGAACUGGAUAUGCGAUGAGGCGUGGAAACUCACACUCGGCCAGUCCAUGUUCUUUGUGGGCUCCGUGGUGGGCACUCUGGUAUUGGGCUAUCUAGCGGACAUAGUGGGUCGGCUGCCCAUCCUCAUUUUUGCCAACCUCAUUGCGAUGCUCGGCAACAUUUUGACAAUAUUUGGCACGAAUCUGACACUUUUUUGUUUAUUUCGCUUCAUCUCCGGCUUUGCCACGGACAGCAACUUCUUAAUGAUGUACAUAUUGGUUAUGGAAUACAUGCGACCCUCGCUGCGAACUCUUGGCCUGAGCAUCUGCAUCGGCAUCUUUUACUGCUUGGGCUCGAUGGUUGUGCCUUGGAUAGCAGUGCUUGUGGGUAGCUGGCGAGGCUUUCUACUAGUCACAUCGCUGCCAUUCGCAUUGGUGCCGUUGUUCUACUUCAUUGUGCCGGAGAGUGUGCAGUGGCUGAUCUCCAAGCAGAAAUAUGACAGAGCUGUUGACUGCUUGCGGCGAAUGGCCAAAAUCAAUGGGCGCCAAAUUGAUGAGAGCGUCUAUGUGCAAUUCGUGGAACAGUGCAAACGACGUCAGCUGACCCCGAAGACAACGCCAAACAUGCUGGACCUCUUCAAAACACCGCGUCUACGCCGCAACACUCUCAUUUUGUUCUUCAAAUCCAUGGUCAUUACCCUCUGCUAUGAUGCCGUCUCGCGAAAUGUGCAAGGCCUUGGCAUUUCGCCAUUCAUUAUGUUCUCGUUGAGCGCAACCACAAUUUUUCCCGCCUGCCUGCUACUCAUUGCUCUCCAAGAUCGCAUCGGACGAAAGGCAAUGGCUUCCAUGUCGCUGCUCCUCAGUGGCAUUUUCAUUUCUGUGACGGGCGGUGUUCUUUAUGCCGCUACUGCUGCCACUGAUCGAAUGAUCGGUCGUUUUGGUGUCACAGUUGCCUACAACUCGGGAGCCCAAUAUGCAACAGAGCUGAUUCCCACCUGUGUGAGGGGUCAAGGCGUGGCUGCUGUACAUGUGAUGGGCUAUGCAUUCACAUUCUUCAGCGCCUACAUCCUGUUUACGCGAACCAUUUUCUCGCCGCUACCGGAAAUCAUUCUGGGCGUGCUGUCCUUGCUGGGCGCCUGCCUGUGUCUGCUGCUGCCGGAGACCCUAAAUCGCACGCUACCCGCUUCACUAGAGGAUGGCGAGAACUUUGGCAAGAACGAUAACUGGUACAUAUUUAGCUUCAUGGAGAAGCGCACGAGAUCGACGGCACGCCUCGCCCCGGGAAAUGGCCAGUCCCUUUCCAAUUCGAAUAAUUCCUCCAUUUAUUUUUAAAUCAGGACAUUAUAAACUAUUUUAGUAUUUAGUUAUUGUAAUACUUUUAAGCUCUCACUUAAAGUUAGUUAAGUCAAUUAUACACUGUUGCUAAGCCAAUAAAAAUAUUCCAGCGUC